AGGCCUCAAGCUUGACUGCUUUGUCUGCCACUUACCCCCUAACCCGCGAGUCUGUGUGCCGCCGGCGCCGAUGGAAACCGCCGCGGCGCCGCGCGUCCAGGCCCUGGCCGACGCCGGCGUCUCCCUCCUCCCGGCGAAGUACGUCCAGCCGCCCGACCUCCGCCCGGACCCCUCCCACCGCCGGGCUCCGACCGCCCCCUCCCUCUCGGUCCCCGUCGUCGACCUCUCGGCCGCCGGGGCGGGCGACGCCGUCCGCCGCGCGUGCGCCGAGUGGGGCGCCUUCCACGUGGUCAACCACGAAGUCCCGCCGGGGCUGCUCGACGCGAUGCGGGGAGCCGGGCUCGCCUUCUUCCGCUCCCCCAUGGAGGAGAAGCUCCGGUUCGCCUGCGACCCGGCCAGGGGCGCCGCCGCCGAGGGGUACGGCAGCCGCAUGCUCGCCAACGACGACUCUGUGCUCGACUGGCGCGACUACUUCGACCACCACACCCUCCCGGAGUCCCGCCGCGAUCCCACCCGGUGGCCCGACUUCGUCCCAGGCUACAGGGACACUGUUGUGAAAUACAGCAACAACAUGAAAGAUCUCGCUCAAAAAUUGCUGCGCAUCAUCUCUGAGAGUCUGAACCUGCCACCUUCUUAUAUAGAAGAAGCAGUGGGAGAAGUUUAUCAGAAUAUUACUAUUAGCUACUAUUCUCCUUGCCCACAGCCUGAUCUUGCACUUGGAUUGCAAUCUCAUUCUGAUAUGGGUGCGAUAACGCUUCUAAUACAAGAUGAUGUGGGUGGUCUCGAAGUAUUAAAGGAUGGGAUGUGGCUACCUGUUUCUCCUUUGCCUGAUGGGAUCCUUGUAAUUUUGGCUGACCAAACAGAGAUCAUAACCAAUGGAAGAUACAAAAGUGCUGUGCAUCGAGCUAUUGUCAAUACUGAUCAUGCCCGCUUGUCAGUAGCAACAUUCUACGAUCCAUCCAAAUCCCAGAAAAUAUGGACUGCCCCACAGCUUGUGUGCAAGGAGCAUCCACAGAAGUACCAGGAUGUAAUAUAUGGUGACUAUGUCUCAUCUUGGUAUAGCAAAGGCCCAGAGGGAAAGCGCAACAUUGAUGCCCUCCUGAUCGAGCAAUAAAGCCAGAGGCAGCAUUAUGUACACAGAAUAUAGACAUUCAUGCGUGUUGUAAUGCUGUCCAAGACUGUCAAUCUUGAUUAAUAAAGAUAAUAACAUCGUGCAAUUUGAAUGGUUCCUGGUUUUGAAGUUUCUAUGAUUCAUAU